AGUAAAAUCUCCACUAUUAAGUGUAUAACCUAUUUCACAUUCCUAACAUAAAUUCUUAAACAUCAAUGCAAAUUUCAUCAAGAUCAAUAAUUUCAAGUAAACAUUACGGAAAUAUAUUCCAAUCAUUUGCAACAAGAUAUCCACUUUCACAUUCUUAACGAAUUCCAAAAUAGCAAAUUUUACAAUGCAUAUCACAUUAAAAUUAGCAUUAAUAGCAUCCAUCAUUUGGGAUUUCGUUACCAUCAUCACAUUAUUCAAGAUCUUAGAUAAUUUGAUUACCACACUAUGGAUUAUACAAAUUUUAAAAUUCAUUGAAUUCCCAUCCAUCUACAAAAAUUAAUCUUUUAAAAAGUCCAAUCUAAUUCAGUUGACCACCCUUAUAGGGUUGAAAAUUAAUAUUGAUUUAAAAAGCUAAUUUAUAAAGCUUCCAUUUAUAAUAAUCUAAAUAAUCAAAAUUAUCACAAACUUCGCAUUCUAGAGGGCAUUUUUCAAUAUAAAAUUUAAAGUUUUUAUUCCGCAUUAAAUCUCAAAUAAUAAUAUUAAAACUACCAAAUCAGAAAUCACAAUUUGUAGAAAAGCGGUUCUUCUUUUUUAUGGUUAUAAAAUAGUUAUAACAUCGUAAUAUUAACCAAAACGCGUAGGACCAUUUACAUUCACCAAUGUUGCAUUAUUAUACAAUUUAUUCAAAAUCAAAAAAUCAUCGAUUUACAUUUAUAAACUUCCAGAACUCUAGUUGUUACUUCUAAAUAAUUAAAAAAUUGUUUAAUUAUAUGAGACAUUUCCAUAUGGUUGA